CUACAAACAGACUCUUUGUUGGCUAUUAGCCUAAUCCUGAUUUGUGCAGAAUGAUUUCAUGAAGAAACAUUAAGGAGUUUAUUUCCUGUCCACACAAGCAAACGAAAGUUCAGCUUUGUAUAUGCCAUGGAACAUGAGACAUCCUCUGGAAGGAGCCCUCUGUCUCUCUCAUUCUCUGGCAGCGGUUUUCUGGCUAUGUAUCAGAUUGGAGCAGUCAAAGCCCUCCUUGACCGGGCCCCAGAAAUAUUGAAGUCCGCACCACAGGUGUAUGGAGCGUCAGCGGGGUCUCUUGUUGCAGCUGCUGUGGUCUUCAAUGUGGAUCUAGAUGAGCUACAGAAAAUUAUCUUACAUGCAGCCAAUGAAGCUAGGAAAACCAUAUUUGGCCCAUUUUUUCCAACCUUUAAUUUGCUAGCAAUUUUACGGAAAGCUCUCCUUAAUUUUUUGCCUGAAAAUGCACAUCAACUUGCAACUGGAAGACUCCAUGUUGCUCUCACACGUCUGUCAGAUGGAAAAACCAUACUGGUUUCUGAUUACACCUCCAAAGAAGAAGUCGUUCAGGUUCUUAUCUGUGGUUGUUUUGUUCCUUUUUAUUGUGGGUUUGUGCCACCUACAUUCCGAGGAGUGAGAUACUUUGAUGGAGCGCUUAAAAACUUCCAGCCUUUGUUUGGUUUUAAAUCUAUGAUAACGAUAUCCCCGUUCACAGGGGAGAUUGACAUUUGUCCCAGAGAUUGCCCGGUCAGCCAUCUUUGCUUUCAGAUUUGUAAUACCAGCUUCCAGUUCUCAGUCCAGAACAUGUGUAGAGUGGUGUAUGCUUUAUUUCCACCACCGGCCAAUGGAUUCCCGUUCCAUCGACAAAACGACGAAGACCCAAAAGACCUGUUGUGA